AUGAUUAAGGACUUUUGCGAAGACUGGCAGCGACGGAAGGCUGACAAGGCUGUCAACGACAACAAAUGCCGUUUGUACGAUAAACACUUGGGUCGAUUCGUGCAGGCGCCAUGGAGCCGCAUUUGCGUGGGCGACAUCGUUCAUCUGUCCUGCAACGAGACGGUGCCUGCCGAUAUGAUUGUGCUCAAAACUAAAUCGGCGGAGGAUGAGGAUGAACUGGGUACGUGCUAUGUAGACACUUCAAAUCUCGAUGGCGAAAGCAAUCUAAAACAGCGCUAUGUGGCCAAUGAAUUCGGCAAGCUGAACGAACAAGGAGUGGAGGAUAUUGAUUUCCGCUUUGUCGUCGAGUGCGAUCUGCCCAGCAUGAAUUUGAACAAGUUUCACGGCAGCAUCGUCUUCAGCGAUGGCAACAAAAUCGUCGUCGACCAGGAGAACCUGCUGCUACGUGACUACGUGCUCAAGAACACCGCCUAUAUAGAUGGGCUGGUUGUGUAUGCGGGUCAUGACACGAAGGCGAUGUUGAACAACAAGGGACCACGGUACAAGCGAAGUCGCCUCGAGAUCAUGAUGAACCUCGAUCUAGUCUGGUGCAUCCUGCUCCUCAUCAUCAUGUGCGCCUUCUGUGCGCUCUCGCGGGCCUUUUGGAAGGAGAGCUACGCGAAGGAGCAGGAGAGCUACGAGAAGGAACAGGUUGACCGGGUGCCCUUUAUCCUGCCCGGCAGUGGCUACUGGGCUCAAACGUUGGAUAUUUUUUGGGACUUUUUCGUCUUUUACAUCCUCUUUCAAACCAUCAUUCCCAUUUCGCUCUACGUGACAAUUGAGUUCAUCAAACUGGGCCAGAUUUAUCUGACCAUCUACAAGGACACGCACUUUGUUGACUCGUGCACGGGAAAGAAGCUUGAGUGCCGAGCGCUGAACAUUACCGAAGAUCUCGGCCAGGUGGAGUACAUUUUUUGCGACAAGACGGGCACACUGACAGAGAACACCAUGGAGUUUCGGCGGUGCACUAUCAGCGGAAUUGACUACAACCACGAACCGGAACUGAAUCGCUCCAAGAUGACAUAUGAACAGACUCAAAAAUCUCUGCGCAAGAAAAGUCUUCGCUUGAAUCAAAUUUUGAAGGACAAGCUGGACCGCAUAACACAGGAGUACACCUUGAAGAUCAAGGAUGACAUUGAACGAAGUGACCAAGUGCCUGCUUCUGCCACGUUGAACCUCACCCAGGAAGAGGAAAAGAUCAGAGACUUCUUCGUCCUGCUGGCCAUCUGCAACACAGCCAUGGCCGCCGACAAGAACGGACACAAGGACAUUCUCAACAUGAGGGGAGAUACGCGGGAUGAGAACGCCAGCACCACCAGUAUUAGUCAGACGUCCACCACAUCUACCUGCUCCAGUGAGAGCUCUGAAAGCUUGAAGAGCUUCAAAACGCGACGCCUCAAACUGUUUGACGAGUUUGCCGAGCAGACGGAGAACAGCGGCGGCAAGAAGGCCAAGCCAAUCUACGAGUCGGAGAGUCCUGAUGAAGUUUCGCUGGUGACCACUGCUUUUAAGUACCACGUGGCACUGCUGAAGCGGGCUCGAAACUACGUCAAAGUGAUGAUGCCCAAUGGAACGGUGAUCACCUACGAGGUGCUCAGCCUGCUUCCCUUUGACUCGAAUCGCAAGCGAAUGUCCAUCAUUAUCCGCUGUCCACUGACCAAGCGUGUCAUCGUCUUCUGCAAAGGCGCCGAUCAGACGAUCCUCUCUCAGCUGUCAAUCGCCAGCACUGCUGAUCCGGCUGAACUGGCCGAGACGAGGAGAAGUGUACUGCGAUACAGCGAACAGGGCUACCGUGUGCUCUGCAUGGCCAGGCGUUAUCUGACCGAAGAGCAGUUUAGCGACUGGCAUGAGCAGUUUCAACGGUUGCAGCAGCAGUCGGCCACUGAACAGCAGCUAGCGGAGUGUGUGGACAAGAUUGAAAAUGGUUUGGAGCUGUUGGGUGCCACGGCGAUUGAGGACCGCCUGCAGUAUCGCGUUCCCGAGGAGCAGUUUAGCGACUGGCAUGAGCAGUUUCAACGGCUGCAGCAGCAGUCGGCCACUGAACAGCAGCUAGCGGAGUGCGUGGACAAGAUUGAAAAUGGUUUGGAGCUGUUGGGUGCCACGGCGAUUGAGGACCGCCUGCAGUAUCGCGUUCCCGAGGUGAUCACCUCCUUGCGGGCGGCUGGAAUCGUCAUCUGGGUGCUCACGGGCGACAAGAUGGAGACAGCGGUCAAUAUUGCCAAUUCCUGUUCGCUCUUUGACGGCAAAAUGAGGCUGAUUACCAUCUCUCUGGAGACGGUCAAAUCAAAGUUUAUUGUGCAGAUUGCAAUAGAAUCUCAGUACUGGUAUCGCACUUACGUUGGCUCUUUCAUUUUGUCAUUUGCUUUUUUCUACCUCAUUGUUGGCAUCUAUGACAUUGCUUCAUGGGAAUGGUUUUUCAACUAUCUCGGUGGGCAGAACUAUCUUUUGUUUACUAACGUUAUUCAAGAUUCUAAUUUCUGGUUUUUGUUGGUCAUUUGCCCAGUGACUUGCUUGAUGCCAAGGACUACACUACGAGUUAUUCAAGAGAUAGUUAAGCCUAAGUUCCAAGUUUAA